ACCGGAAGUUUGCUCAGAUCCAACAUGGCGGCGGUACGGGAUCAGUGAAGGGUCGUGAAGUAAACAUUGAGUUUUAUUGAGCGGGAACGCGGCGACCGGUCCUCAGCGGGAAACGUUUAACGGUAACGAGUCAACAUGGGAGCUGAGUAACCGGGAACAGCGCGUGUGACGGAGAGAAGGUCUGCACCGGCGGCGGGAAGAAGAAAGCAGCGUCUGCUCUGACUCAUCCUCCUGCGAGGUAAACAACCGAGCGGCCAUGUCUCUGGCGAGCCCACGUCGGACUCCACGCCGUUCUUCUCCGAUGACAGCGGGCGGAGGAGCAGGGCGGGGGGGCGGGGGGGCAGCGGCCGCAGGAGGAGCCGGCCAGCGGCGUGUCCAACGUCCGAGCGCUGCUGACCGUCUUCAUCCUCUUCUACAUCAACCUGCUCAACUACAUGGACAGGUUCACCGUGGCAGGAGUUCUCACUGACAUUGAGAAUUAUUUUGGGAUUGAUGAUGGGAAGUCCGGCUUACUCCAAACAGUUUUUAUCUGCAGUUACAUGUUUCUGGCUCCGGUCUUCGGAUACCUGGGCGACAGGUACAACAGGAAGCUCAUCAUGAGCGUCGGCAUCACGUUCUGGUCUCUGGUGACGCUCGCCAGCUCCUACACGCCCAAAGAGCAUUUCUGGGUCCUGCUGCUGACUCGGGGGCUGGUCGGAGUCGGAGAGGCCAGUUACUCCACCAUCGCUCCCACCAUCAUCGCCGACCUGUACGUGAAGGGGAAGAGGACGAACAUGCUGUCCGUGUUUUAUUUUGCCAUCCCUGUGGGCAGCGGCCUCGGAUACAUCGUGGGCUCACAAGUCGGUAGUAUGACUCAGGACUGGCACUGGGCUCUGCGGGUGACCCCGGGGCUGGGACUGAUCGCGGUGCUGCUGCUGAUCUUCGUGGUCAAAGAGCCCAAAAGAGGAGCCAUCGAGGCUCGACCGGAGCACCACCUGCACCAGACCAGCUGGCUGACGGACCUGCGCGCUCUGAGCAAGAACUACAGCUUCGUGUUGUCCACGUUGGGCUUCACGGCGGUGGCGUUCGUCACCGGCUCUCUGGCUCUCUGGGCUCCAACGUUCCUGUUCCGAGCGGCCGUGUUCAGCGGGGAGAAAGAGCCCUGCGUGGAGGGAAACUGCGCCUCCUCAGAAAGUCUGCUGUUCGGGGUCAUCACCUGCAUCUCGGGCAUUCUGGGCGUGACCAGCGGCGUGCAGGUCAGUCGGCAGCUGAGGAAGAAGACGGCCAGAGCCGACCCUCUGGUGUGCGCCGCCGGUCUGCUCCUCUCGGCGCCGUUCCUCUACCUGGCCAUCGUGUUCGCUCAGACCAGCACCAUCGCCACAUAUGUCUUCAUUUUCCUCGGAGAGACGUUCCUGUCCAUGAACUGGGCUGUGGUGGCGGACAUCCUGCUGGUCUCGGACUCUCUGAGGAAGACGGACUCGUUCCUCUGGCAGUUUCGCUCCCUGCAGCUCUCUCUGCUGCUCUGCUCCUUCGUGGCCGUGGUGGGCGGAGGAUUCUUCCUCGCCACCGCCCUCUUCAUCGAAAAAGACCGCCACCGCGCCGAGAACUACGUCACCACAGAUGACGAGCCGAUCGUCGUCCCAAAGAGCGGCCGCUCCACCAGAGUCCCGGUGUCCAGCGUUCUGAUCUGAGGUGUGCAGGAGGUUGGGCCGGCUCCAGAACUCCUGUGGUUCUUUUACUUCAUAUUUUAGGACUGUGAGCAGCGACCGCACUGUCUGCCAUGCAGAAGAGUUUUAGGACGGGUUUAUUUUUCAUUUUUAUUUUUUAUACUUUUACGGCUGCCCGCCGGGAACGCGCCGCCAUCUUGGAGCAACUUUUUGCAUUUCGUCUCCAGAUGUUUUUUGUUUUUUUUGACGUGAGACGUUUCAGAGCGGACAUGAAGUUGAAAACGAGCACUAGAGACUCUCCGAACGACAGAAUCCGCUCUGUGGGGUUUCCAUUUAAAACCUGAUCGCUUUCGAAACCUCCAGUGAUUUUAUAUACAGGACGAGCUUUAUUAAUCAGUUUCAUAACCACGUGUUUGUUUGUCUGAGCUAGUUUUAAUUAUAACACUAACCUACAGAAGCAGAAAAUAAUCCUCUCUGUUCCUUUUUAUUCAUCUCUUUAUCUUGUAGCAUUACGACUGGUUUUAAUUUGUUUCCAGGGUGAAGGAGCGCCGCUUAUUUGAACUGUUUGUUUGUUCUUUGCGUGAGGUUGGAGGAAGAGCACAGAAAACAUCCUCUUCAUGGUUAUUUAAAAAGAGAAAAAGGCUUUUAAAUGAAUGUUAAUAAUCAACACUUGUUUGUUAACCUCAGAUUAUUUUAGCAAAUCUUUUUUGUGAACUAUUAAAGGAGAAUUAACUUGUCA